AUGCAUUCAUCUCUGCAGUAUAAUCCAAGCUCUCGUCUUUAUGUAAACCCAUGUAAAUCAAAGGCAACCCAGUAUCGAAUCUUCAGUUUCCCCCAAUUUUCUCCGAGAAAUUCCGCAGAUAUCGCCAACAAGUCUCUGAGAACUUCCAUUGAUUUCGAGCAAGAAGGAGUUUCGAAAGAGGAACUACUCGCCGUGCCCAGUAACGCAGCUCGUCGUCUUCCGAUUGUAAUCAAAAGGUCUGGCAGAGUUUCUAGAUACUUACUCAAAGGAGGUUCCUUGGAGUUGGUCGAUGAAGAUGAUGAUGAUGAUGAUGAUACGGCGCCGUUUUCAGCCCUUGGCCUCGACGACGGCUUCUCGAAACUGAUAAGACUUUCAUCUUCCGCUGCAAAAGACUUCUUCAUACCGAAGCAAGUCAGUGAAAAUUAUAUAAGCUAUGUGAAAUGGAAGUUCUUGCACAGAGUUUUCAGCUCUGCUCUACAGGUUCUUGCCACUCAGGCGAUGUUUCGAGCCAUAGGUAUUGGACAGUCUCGGUCACUUGCUUCAUCCGCUGCUUUCAAUUGGAUACUGAAAGAUGGGCUUGGACGGUUAAGUAGAUGUAUAUACACUGCAAGUCUUGCUUCUGCUUUUGACACUAAUUUGAAGAGAGUUAGGUUCUCGACGUCUGUACUCUUCAGUCUGAGCAUUGGAGUUGAGUUAAUGACUCCACUAUUCCCACAGUACUUCCUUCUGCUAGCUUCCAUUGCCAACAUCGCUAAACAGAUUAGCCUGUCGUGUUACUUAGCAACCAGUUCAGCUGUACAUCGAAGCUUUGCUGUAGCAGAUAACCUCGGUGAAGUCUCUGCAAAGGCACAGAUUCAAACAGUGUGUUUUGAUAACCUUGGUCUCCUACUCGCUGUUCUUCUUAAUAUGCUGUUCCAAAACAACCAAAGACUUCAGGCAAGUCUACCUUUUGUUCUUUAUCCGAUUUUCACCACGAUGGAUCUCCUCGGCAUUUAUCAAGGGCUCAAGCAUAUCAAUCUUCAAACUUUAACCAAGGAUAGGCUUGAGAUCAUUCUGGAAACAUGGAUUGAAUCCAGGCGAGUACCUUCACCUGCUGAUGUGAGCGAAGAGGAAGGAAUUGAUCUUUUAGGAAGCAAAGAUAGCAAAAGGGUUUGGCCCAUCAGAAUCGGGUGCUUAGAUCCAAAGGCUCAGAUUCCGACACUAUCACUAUUGGCGAUGCAAUCGCUGUGCAAUGAUGAUGGUUACUUCAUAACCAUGGAAGUUUCAUCUCAAGGUUUCAGAAGAAGACCAAAACCGGGGAUCGUUAUUUGUCUGCGUGAAGGAGCCAACAGUGUAGACGUUAUCACGAGUUUGUUACAGACAUGUUACAUACGUAAAGCCUUUGGAACCAAGAGGAAGGACAUAUCAGUUUCCGACUUGCCGCUACAAGAUUGGUCUUUACUUGCAGAGGGGAGCAAGCGAGCUGCUCGAGAUGAUUUUAUGGAACUGAACAAACAGAUGCAAGAACAAGGUUGGAUUGUGAAGAACGUCUUGUUGAGUGCAGUAGAGCAAGUUCGAUACAUUUUCGAUAGUAUAAACCAAUCAUCACUCAAAUUGUAA